AUGGUCCGAGCGCAGCCGACACUUCGGUACUUGUGGCGGCGUAGUGCAGGAAGCGGAGGGGUAGCGGCUGGGGCAGGGAGUGGUGGAGGCCCGGGCAGUCCGCAGCUCGGCGCUACCACCUGUGACUGCCCCAACUGCCAUGAAGCUGAGGUUCUGUCCCGCCGGUGCCGGCGAUUCAUGUGCAGCUGCUGCGCCAAUGAGUGCGCAAAGCUUUCUGCGGCCAAUGAGUCACUGUUGCAUCAGCCUGGCGCUGAGUGUUUUUACGCCGCCACCAGUACUGAAGUGUCGGCUGCGCUCGGACCAUGGGAAAGGGAUGGCUUGGCAGAGUCAGCGCAGGGAGCAGUGUCAGCAGCCAGUCACGGGCAAACAGCGGGAGCAGCAGCCACAGACACACAGCAGCAGGUGGAUGAAAGCGAUGCCUGUCAGAAUUGUGGAGGCUUAGUACAAGGUCCAAAUGGGACAGUAGAAAGUCCUGGAUUUCCACAUGGGUAUCCAAAUUAUGCUAAUUGCACUUGGAUAAUAAUCACUGGAGAGAGAAACCGGAUACAACUAUCAUUUCAAAUUUUUGCUCUAGAAGAGGACUUUGAUAUUUUGUCAGUUUACGAUGGACAGCCGCAGCAAGGCAAUUUAAAAGUCAGCUUAUCAGGAUUCCAGCUGCCUUCAUCCAUAGUAAGCACAGGAUCCAUUCUUACAAUCUGGUUCACAACAGAUUUUGCAGUAAGUGCUCAAGGGUUUAAAGCUGUUUAUGAAGUGUUACCUAGUCAUACUUGUGGAAAUCCAGGGGAAAUUCCAAAAGGUUUAUUACAUGGAACAAGAUUCAAUAUUGGAGACAAAAUAAGAUACAGUUGCAUUGCUGGUUAUAUUCUCGAGGGUCAUUCAACACUGACUUGCAUAGUAAGUCCAGGAAAUGGUGCGUCAUGGGAUUUUCCAUCUCCUUUUUGCAGAGCUGAGGGAUCCUGUGGCGGCACUUUACGAGGUACAAGUGGAAUAAUUUCGAGUCCCCACUUUCCAUCAGAAUAUGAAAAUAAUGCUGACUGCACAUGGACUAUACUUGCUGAACCAGGGGAUACAAUAGCUCUAGUUUUUACAGAUUUCCAAAUGGAAGAAGAAUAUGAUUUUCUUGAAAUUAGUGGAACUGAAGCUCCAUCAAUAUGGUUAACUGGAAUGAAUUUGCCCUCACCAGUCAUAAGCAAUAAAAACUGGCUUCGUCUUCACUUUACAUCUGACAGUAAUCACAGACGGAAAGGAUUCAAUGCACAAUUCCAAGUAAAAAAGGCUAUUGAGUUAAAAUCCAGAGGGGUGAAGAUGUUACCAAGCAAAGAGAGUAAUCACAAAAAUUCAGUUUUGAGCCAAGGAGGAGUUCCAAUGCCAACUGAUAUGUGCCCUGACCCUGGAGUUCCUGAAAAUGGCAAAAGAGCAGGAUUUGACUUCAGAGUGGGUGCCAAUGUCCAAUUCUCCUGUGAUGAUAAUUAUGUGCUACAGGGCUCAAAGAGUAUUACUUGUCAACGUGUGACUGACACACUCUCUGCCUGGAGUGAUCAUAGACCAAUAUGCCGAGCACGCACAUGUGGCUCUAACCUUCAAGGACCAUCUGGAAUUAUUACAUCACCCAACUACCCUGUACAGUAUGAAGACAAUGCACAUUGCGUUUGGGUAAUAACAAGUGUUAAUCCAGAAAAGGUGAUCAAGCUUUCUUUUGAAGUGUUUGAACUGGAAAGGGGUUAUGACACCUUAACCAUAGGGGAUGGAGGAAAAGUAGGUGAUACACGAUCCGUUUUAUACGUACUGACUGGAUCCAGUGUCCCUGACCUGAUUGUGAGCAUGAGCAACCAGAUGUGGCUACAUUUACAAUCAGAUGAUAGUAUUGGCUCCCCUGGAUUCAAAGCUCUAUUCCAAGAAAUUGAAAAGGGAGGUUGUGGCGAUCCAGGAAUCCCAAUGCAUGGUAAACGGAAUGGUAGCAGUUUUCUUCAUGGAGAUGUGCUGACUUUUGAAUGCCAGGCAGCUUUUGAACUUGUGGGAGAAAAAACUAUCACUUGCCAACAAAAUAAUCAGUGGUCUGGAAAUAAGCCAAGCUGUGUUUUCUCUUGUUUUUUCAAUUUUACUACACCUUCUGGAAUAAUUAUUUCUCCGAACUACCCUGAAGAGUAUGGCAACAACAUGAACUGCAUAUGGUUAAUAAUAUCUGACCCAGGAAGCAGAAUCCAUCUGAUUUUUAAUGACUUUGAUGUGGAACCUCAGUUUGAUUAUGUUGCUGUAAAGGAUGAAGGUGUUGCAGAGCUAGCAGUACUUGGUACUUUUUCUGGAAACGAAGUGCCUUCUCAAAUUGCCAGCAAUAGUCACAUUGUGCGUUUGGAAUUUCAAUCAGAUCACUCAACAACUGGAAGAGGAUUUAAUAUUACUUAUACAACAUUUGGACAAAAUGAAUGCCAUGAUCCUGGAAUUCCAGUAAACGGAAGGAGGUUCGGAGAUCGCUUUUUGCUAGGAAGCUCGUUAUCUUUUCAUUGUGAUGAAGGUUUUAUUAAAACCCAAGGAUCAGAGUCCAUUACUUGUAUUAUACAGGAUGGAAAUGUAGUAUGGAGUUCGACAGUCCCACGAUGUGAAGCACCGUGUGGAGGACAUUUGACAGCAUCAAGUGGGAUCAUCUUACCUCCAGGCUGGCCUGGGUUUUACAAAGAUUCAUUGAACUGUGAAUGGGUGAUUGAAGCAAGAAAUGGACAUGCUGUUAAAAUAAGUUUUGAGAGAUUUCAAACUGAAGUUAAUUACGAUAUUCUGGAGGUACGAGAUGGCCCAGCCAACUCCUCACCACUACUUGGAGAGUACCAUGGAACUCAAGCACCACAAUUUCUUAUGAGUACAGGAAAUUACAUGUACCUUUUAUUUACCACAGACAAUAGUCGAUCCAGUGUGGGCUUUCUAAUUCGUUAUGAAAGUAUUACACUGGAAUCUGACUCCUGCCUUGAUCCAGGCAUCCCAGUUAAUGGUCACCGACAUGGUAAAUAUUUUGGCAUUGGGUCAGCAGUUUCCUUCACUUGUGAUCCUGGGUAUAUACUAAGUGAUGAUGACCCAUUGAUUUGCGAAAGGAAUCAUCAAUGGAAUCAUGCAUUGCCCAGUUGUGACGCUUUGUGUGGUGGUUACAUUCAUGGAAGGACAGGUACAAUUUUGUCUCCAGGGUUUCCAGACUUUUAUCCCAACUCUCUAAAUUGCACUUGGACAAUUGAGGUGUCACACGGAAAAGGUGUUCAGAUGGUAUUUCACACCUUUCACCUUGAAAGCUCCCACGACUAUUUAUUAAUAACAGAAGAUGGCAGCUUUGUUCAUCCAGUAGCAAGACUGACAGGGUCAGUCUUGCCCCCUACCAUAAAAGCUGGCCUUUUUGGGAAUUUUACAGCUCAGCUUCGAUUUAUAUCAGAUUUUUCAAUUUCAUAUGAAGGCUUUAACAUUACAUUUUCUGAAUAUGAUUUAGAGCCAUGUGAUGAUCCUGGUGUUCCCGCUUAUAGCAGAAGAAUAGGAUUUCAUUUUGGGGUUGGGGAUUCUCUUACAUUUUCCUGCUUUCCUGGCUAUCGUCUAGAAGGUGCUAAUAAACUCACCUGCUUGGGAGGUGGUCGAAGAGUGUGGAGUACACCUCUUCCAAGGUGUGUGGCUGAAUGUGGAGCAACAGUCAUUGGCAGUGAAGGAACCUUGCUCUCUCCAAAUUUUCCGUCAAACUAUGAAAACAACCAUGAAUGUAUUUAUAGACUAGAGACUCAGGCUGGCAAAGGAAUCCACUUAAGAGCUACAACAUUUCAACUACAUGAUGGAGAUAGUCUAAAGGUGUAUGAUGGGAAGGAUAGCUCAUCAAGACUUUUGGGAUCCUUUACAAAAAAUGAACUGAUGACAAUAUCUCUGAACAGCACUUCCAACCAUUUAUGGUUAGAAUUUAACACCAAUGGGGAAGAUACCGAUGUAGGGUUUCAUCUCACUUACAGUAGCUUUGAUCUAGUGAAGUGUGAAGAUCCAGGAGUGCCAAACUAUGGAUACAAGAUCCGUGAUGAUGGUCACUUUGCAGAUACAACAGUUUUAUAUAGCUGCAACCCAGGAUACACAAUGUAUGGCAGUAACAUCAUGAGCUGUCUUAGUGGAGAUAGGAGAGUAUGGGAUAAACCACUUCCAACAUGUGUUGCUGAAUGCGGUGGUAAAAUAUAUGCAGUUGCAUCUGGACGUAUUUUGUCACCAGGAUACCCAGUGCCAUAUGAAAAUAACUUACAUUGCAAGUGGAAUUUAGAGGCAGAUCCUGGAAAAACAAUUAGCCUUCACUUUAUAGUUUUUGACACAGAAGUCUCACAUGAUAUCCUAAAGGUAUGGGAUGGACCUGUAGACAGCAAUGUUCUUCUGAAAGAAUGGAGUGGCUCAUCUCUCCCUGAGGACAUUCACAGCACAUUCAACUCUUUGACAUUACAGUUUGAUAGUGAUUUUUUUAUCAGCAAGUCUGGCUUUUCCAUACAAUAUUCAACUUCAGUUGCAUCAACGUGUAAUGAUCCUGGAACACCUCAAAAUGGUACCAGAUAUGGGGACACCAGGGAACCUGGAGAUACAAUCACUUUUCAGUGUGAUCCUGGGUAUCAACUACAAGGCCAUACUAAAAUUACAUGUGUGCUGCUGAAUAACAGAUUUUUCUGGCAGCCGGAUCCUCCAACAUGCAUAGCGGCAUGUGGUGGAAACUUGACAGGCCCUGCAGGUGUUAUUUUAUCACCUAACUACCCUCAGUCGUAUCCUCCUGGGAAAGAAUGUGACUGGAGAAUAAAAGUAAAUUCAGACUUUGUCAUUGCCUUGAUAUUCAAAAGCUUCAAUAUGGAGCCUAGUUAUGACUUUCUACAUAUUUAUGAAGGUGAAGAUUCCAACAGUCCUUUAAUUGGAAGUUUUCAAGGAUCCUAUGCACCAGAAAGAAUAGAAAGUAAUGCUAACAGUCUAUUUUUGGCAUUUCGAAGUGAUGCAUCUGUUGGCAUGUCUGGUUUUGCCAUUGAAUAUAAAGAAAAACCACGGGAAGCUUGCUUUGAUCCUGGCAAUAUUAUGAACGGUACUCGGAUUGGAACAGACUUGAAACUUGGCUCUACAGUAACUUAUCAGUGUGACCCAGGCUACAGAAUUACUGAUCCUGCCACAAUAACCUGUGUUAUUGGGGCAGAUGGGAAGCCGGCAUGGAAUAGGAUUUUGCCAUCUUGUAAUGCUCCUUGUGGAGGGCAGUAUAUGGGAUCUGAAGGUGUUGUUCUAUCACCAAAUUAUCCAAACAACUACACUGCUGGUCAAAUUUGUCUUUAUUCUGUUACAGUUCCUAAAGAGUUUGUUGUAUUUGGUCAGUUUGCAUUUUUCCAGACUGCAUUAAAUGACUUAGUAGAACUGUUUGAUGGUGCCCAGGCCCAGGCCAGACUCCUCAGCUCUCUCUCAGGAAGCCACACAGGAGAGACAAUGCCUUUAGCCACAACUAAUCACAUUCUGCUGAGAUUCAGCACAACAAAUGGUGCGCCUGCCAGGGGAUUUCACUUUGUUUACCAAGCUGUUCCACGGACAAGUGAUACACAGUGCAGCUCUGUUCCUGAGCCUAGAUAUGGAAGAAGAAUUGGCACAGAAUUUUCAGCAGGCUCUGUAGUGCGAUUUGAAUGUAACCCUGGAUAUUUGCUGCAAGGCUCUAAAGCUAUCCAUUGCCAAAGAGUACCAAAUGCUUUAGCUCAAUGGAAUGAUACUGUACCAACCUGUUUGGUUCCAUGCAGUGGGAAUUUCACAGACAGAAGAGGGACAAUUUUAUCCCCUGGUUUUCCUGAAACUUAUAGUAACAGCUUAAACUGUAUAUGGAAGAUUAUAGUAACAGAAGGCUCAGGUAUACAGAUACAAGUAUUAAGUUUUGCUACUGAACACAACUGGGACUCACUUGAGAUAUAUGAUGGUUCUGAUAUGACAGCACCAAGACUUGGAAGUUUCUCUGGAACUACUGUUCCAGCUUUAUUAAACAGCACAUCUAAUCAACUUUAUUUGCACUUUCACUCUGAUAUAAGUGUGUCAGCUGCUGGAUUUCAUCUUGAAUACAAAACUGUUGGGCUCACAGCAUGCCCAGAACCCUUGCUUCCAAACAAUGGAAUAAAAAGUGGAGAUCGAUACAUGGUUAAUGAUGUGGUUUCUUUUCAGUGUGAGCCUGGAUAUACAUUACAGGGGCAUUCCCAUAUCUCCUGCAUGCCUGGAACAGUAAGACGCUGGAAUUACCCAUCACCACUCUGUAUUGCAAGAUGUGGUGGAACACUUAUCAGCAUGAGUGGAGUCAUCUUAAGCCCAGGUUUUCCUGGAAAUUAUCCCAGUAACUUAGAUUGUACAUGGAAGAUUAUAUUGCCAGUGGGAUAUGGGGCUCAUAUUCAGUUUGAAAACUUUUCCACUGAAGCAAACCAUGAUAUCCUUGAAAUUCAAAAUGGACCUUAUCAUACAAGCUCACAGAUUGGACAGUUCAGUGGUGCUGACCUUCCUCCAUCACUACUCAGUACAACACAUGAAGUGCUCAUUCACUUUUUUAGUGAUCAUUCAGAAAACAAGAAAGGGUUUAAGCUUGUUUACCAAGCUUAUGAAUUGCAGAACUGUCCAGAUCCUCAUCCUUUUAAGAACGGAUACAUCAUUAACUCUGAUUAUAGCGUGGGGCAAUCAAUAUCUUUUGAAUGCUAUCCAGGGUAUGUCUUAGUAGGACAAGUAGUUCUUACUUGCCAGCAUGGUAUUAAUAGAAACUGGAACCAUCCUUUUCCAAGAUGUGAAGCACCUUGCGGAUACAAUGUGUCUUCAGAAAAUGGCACAAUCUACUCACCAGGAUUUCCAGAUGAAUAUCCGAAUUCAAUGGACUGCUCAUGGUUUAUUUCUGUACUGCAGGGUCAUGGGGUUUAUAUUAACUUUACUUUACUCCAGACUGAACCAAUGAAUGAUUACAUUGCAGUAUGGGAUGGACCAGACCAAGCUUCCCCACAGUUAGGUGUUUUUAGUGGAAAUACAGCUCUUGAAACUGCUUAUAGUUCAUCCAAUCAUGUUCUUCUAAAGUUCCACAGUGACUUUUCGACGGGCGGAUUCUUUGUCCUAAAUUUUCAUUCUUAUCCACUUAAAAAAUGCCACCCUCCUCCAUCUGUGGCUGAAGCUGAUAUAAUAUCUGAUGAUGAUGAUUAUGAAAUAGGAGAUUUUGUAAAAUAUCGUUGUCGACCAGGAUUUACGUUAGUUGGAAAUGAUAUGAUCACGUGUAAGAUGGUUGUUCAGUUGCAGUUUGAGGGCUCACUGCCAAAGUGUGAAGCACAAUGUCCUGCAAAUGAAAUGCGUUUAGAAUCAUCUGGUGUAAUCCUAAGUCCUGGAUAUCCUGGUAACUACCCAAAUUCUCAGACAUGUUCUUGGACCAUUAAAGUGGAACCAGGGUACAAUAUAUCAAUUUAUGUUGAAACAUUCCAAAGUGAAAAGCAGUUUGAUGAGCUUGAGAUUUUUGAUGGUCCCUCUGGUCAAAGCUCUCUUCUGGCAGCUUUAAGUGGAAAUCUGACCCAGCAGCAAAAUUUUUCCAGCAAAAGUAAUAUUAUUUUUCUUCGGUGGUCAGCUGAUCAUGCAACCAGUAAAAAAGGAUUUAAGAUCCGGUACUCAGCUUCUUAUUGCAGUUUGAAUACAGUGAUAACAAAUGGUGGGAUUUUGAAUAAAACAGGAAUUGAACUUGGAUCUAAAGUUUAUUACUUCUGCAAUCCCGGCUACAAAAUGAUUGGGAAUAAUUACGCCACAUGCAUUAGAAAUUCAAAUGGAAUGUAUGAAUGGGGCUUUUCUGCUCCAAUAUGUAAGGCUGUGUCCUGUGGAAUUGCCCAGUCACCUGGAAACGGUUCUGUUUCAGGAAAUGAGUUCACUUUAGGAAGUAAAGUGACAUAUGAAUGUAAUGAGGGCUACAGAUUGCAAUAUAGUCAACAAUCAACAGCAGUGUGUCAAGAAGAUGGAUCGUGGAGUAAUGCAGGCAAGCAACCUAUUUGUCAGCCUAUUAUCUGUACAAAUAUCGAAACUCAGCUUUCAGAGCAUGUGACUUGGAGGCUGGUAUCAGGCUACUUAAAUGAAUAUGGUUCUCAAGUCUUGCUGAGUUGCAGUCCUGGUUAUUACCUUGGUGGAAUAAGACUUCUGCAGUGUAGAGCUAAUGGAACAUGGAGUGGAGGUGAUCUAAAACCAAGCUGUAAAGUUAUCUCGUGUGGCGAUCUACCUUCACCACCAAAUGGGAACAAAAUUGGAACUUUAAAUGUAUAUGGAGCUACUACUAUAUUUACAUGUAAUACAGGUUACACACUUGCUGGAUCUCACGUACGAGAGUGUCUGGCUAAUGGCCUCUGGAGUGGUGCUGAAACAAGAUGCCUAGCUGGCCACUGUGGUUCACCAGAUCCUAUUGUAAAUGGACAUAUAAGUGGUGAUGGUUUCAGUUAUCGAGAUACUGUAGUUUAUCAAUGUAAUCCUGGUUUCCGUCUGGUUGGAACUUCAGUUCGUAUAUGUCUUCAAGAUCACAAAUGGUCUGGAAAAGCACCUGUUUGUGUCUCAAUUACUUGUGGUCAUCCAGGAAAUCCUACCAAUGGAGUUACCAGUGGAAGCGAGUUUAACUUGAACGAUGUUGUCAACUUUACAUGCAAUAUAGGUUAUGUACUUCAGGGUGCAAAUCAAGCACAAUGUCGCAGUAAUGGAUUAUGGAGCAGUCCUCUUCCACAUUGCAGAGUUGUGAAUUGUACUGAUCCAGGCUUUGUGGAAAAUGCAAUACGACAUGGACAACAGAAUUACCCUGAAAGUUUCAAAUACGGGAUAAGUGUUACUUAUCAUUGCAAAAAGGGCUUCUUCUUAUUAGGAUCAUCUGUUUUAUAUUGUAAGGCAAAUGGCUUGUGGGACAGGUCAUUACCUAAAUGCUUAACAAUAUUGUGUGGACAUCCAGGAGUUCCAGCUAAUGCUUUACUAAGUGGAGAUAAAUUUACAUAUGGAUCAAAAAUUCACUAUUCUUGCAUGGGUAACCACAACAUUAUUGGAAAUGCAACACGAGUAUGUCAAGAGGACAGCAGAUGGAGUGGAGCCCUACCUCACUGUUCAGGGAACAGUCCAGGAAUGUGUGGUGAUCCAGGAAUACCAGCACACGGUUCACGACUUGGAAAUGAUUUUAAGAUCAAAAGCUUUCUCCGCUUCUCUUGUGAGAUGGGAUAUGUCUUGAGAGGCUCCAUGGAGAGAACAUGCAUAUUAAAUGAAACCUGGUCUGGGAUUCAGCCAUCGUGUGAACCGGUAUCCUGUGGAAAUCCUGGCUCUCCAGCCAAUGGCAUGAUAAUUUACAGUGACGGGAUACUAUUCUCCAGUUCUGUCAUCUAUGCCUGUUGGGAAGGUUACAAAACAUCAGGGUUAACUACUCGACAUUGUACUGCCAAUGGAACCUGGACUGGCAGUGCUCCAGAUUGUUCAGUAAUUACUUGUGAAAAUCCAGGCCCAAUUGCUAAUGGUAUUCAGAUAGGAAAAGAUUUUACCUUUAACAAGACAGUAACCUACCACUGCAAUCCUGGUUAUAUGAGAGAUCCCCCUGUAUCAAUUGCUUUGAUGUGUAACAAAGAUGGCACCUGGAAUCAGACUAAGCCCAUCUGUAAAGCUAUUAGUUGUGGCCUGCCUCCUCAAGUGACCAAUGGAAAGCUGGAGGGAUCAGACUUCAGCUGGGGGUCGAGUAUCAGCUAUAGAUGCAUAGAAGGCUACCAACUCUCGAGUCCAACUGUUCUUUCAUGUGAAGGAAGGGGAGUGUGGAGAGGAGAAAUUCCCCACUGUUUGCCUGUAUUUUGUGGUGACCCUGGGACUCCAUCUGAGGGCCUUCUUAAUGGUAAAAGUUUUACCUUUAAUUCAGAAGUUUCAUAUCAGUGCCGAUCUCCAUUUAUAUUGGUUGGCUCUUCAAGAAGAAUUUGCCAGGCUGAUGGUAGCUGGAGUGGAAUACAGCCAACUUGCGUUGAUCCAACUCAUAACACCUGCAGUGACCCUGGUACUCCACAUUAUGGUAUGCAGAACAGCUCCAAAGCUUUUGAGAUUGGAAGCACUGUCUUCUUUAGAUGUCGAAAAGGCUACCAUAUCCAAGGCUCAACUACACGUAUUUGUCUUGCUAAUUUAACAUGGAGUGGAACCCAGCCAGAAUGCAUUCCUCAUGCAUGCAGACAGCCAGAAACUCCUGCAUAUUCGGAUGUAAGAGCAUUAGAUCUACCUACACUAGGAUAUACUUUAAUCUAUACAUGUCAGCAAGGAUAUUUUCUUGCUGGAGGAUCAGAACAUCGGACUUGCAAAAGUGAAAUGAAGUGGACAGGGAAGCCACCUAUUUGCAAAAGUAAAGGGCUUAGAGAACUAAAUGCAACUGCAACAAAAGCUCCAGUUCCCUCUGAUGUUUUCAGUGUACAUUCUGUGUGGAAAGGAUUUUAUGAGUAUCUUGGAAAACAACAUUCCGCAACCUUAACUAUUGAUUGGUUCAAUAACACAAGUAGCAGAGUGAAUGGAACAUUUUUCGAUACUUAUAACAUUGAAUUGAAAUUAUCAGGGGUUUACAAAAAAGAAGAAGCUCAUUUGCUCUUAAAAGUUUUCCAGGUUAAAGGUUCAUCAGAUACUCUUAUUACCAAGUUUGAAAAUUGGGUCAUAGAUGGAUAUGUCUCAUCAGCGGCAGCAGGUGUGUUUAACUUCCAAGGUGAAAUACACUCGAAGGAUUUCGGCAAGUUUAAGUUUCAGAAGCAACGUUCUCAAAGCAUUAAUAACACAUCCAACAACUACUAUGGCACAAACAGCAGUUCUGUUGCAGCUGCAAUAUUGGUACCUUUUUUUGCUCUUAUUCUAGCUGGGUUUGCUUUUUACCUUUACAAACACAGGGCAAGACCAAAAGUUCAGUAUAAUGGUUAUGCUGGUCAUGAAAACAGUAACGGACAAGCUUCCUUUGAAAAUCCUAUGUAUGAUACAAACUUAAAACCCACAGAAGCAAAAGCAGUCAGAUUUGAUACAACACUAAACACAGUUUGUACAGUUGUAUAGCCUUGGUGCCCAGUAAGACUGAUUCAUAGCCAUACCUCUUAUGGACAGAAAUUCCAUUGUUGCCCUCUGUUUCUUCUGCCUUUGUGGAAGUAAAGUUUAACAAAACCUAUCAGCAAACAAAACAUUUCUCUAAAAUCCCAAGUCAAGCCUUCUGAAGAUAAAAUCAUUACAAUUGGAUUAUAAUUCCUGGCUUCAAGUGCUUACCAUCAAAGAACACUUCAGGAAGACUGCCAAGUUACUCCACUUUGUCAUUUUAAUGCCUCAUACUUUGAAAUUUGUAUGUGGCUGGAUGCCUUUAGUUGCAAUAUUGUGGGCACAUGGAUAAAUAUUGUGGGCGCUAUUAUGAAUGAUAGCACCACAAAUGUAUUUUUUUUAUAUCACAUGAACGUGAAUGUUCUGAAGAAACUAAAACUAUUCGAAACUGAGGACACCUUAAAAUAUGGUUGCACAUAUUUAAAAUGCUGUACAAUGAAAUCAUUGAAACGUUGAAGACGCAACCAGAUAUUUAAGGCACUACAAUAUAUGUACACUGAACUGUUUUGCUAUUUUUUUCAUUCGCCAGAAGUUGCAUAAUUCUACUGCACAAUUUUUUGCACUAGUAUGUUUGGAAUGACUGAGAACCAUGCCAUCAAAGAACAGGGUUAUUAA